UUUCACACCUCAAACAAUUGGAAGAAAGAGUUGAAUCCGAUUAUGCGAAUAAUCAGCGAGUUGCGAGGGGCGAAGAAAAUGACGGAAUUAAACGAGAUUUACGAAACGGUGUAAUAGUUGCUUUAUCAACUAUCAUCGGUGCCUUAAUUGGUGGAGAUUGGGGAGCGAUUAUUUUCUUUUUUGGUGGAAUAAUUGCUUGGGAACCGAUUUAUACUAGUUCAGUCGAAAAGAAUAAGGGUUCAGGCCAAGGAGCGAUGGCGGGAGGAGGCACCAAAGAUAUCCCUAUAAUUGGUAAUGUAAUUCCUGGAAAUUUCCAAGGUGGAAUAAUGGGCGGAACUCACAGUGGCAGCACUAGCGGAGAACAAGUAAAAAUUAUGGAAAUUCAAAAAGUUAAAGUAAGUAAUUGUAAUAAUUGUUGGGAACCAAUUAGCGAGGAAUUAGAAGAUAGCAAAGCAAGACCAAUCAAUUGGUGGUUAUGGGGAACUUUACUUUAUUUAAUUUUAGUUGUUUCGGCGGUUUUUAAUUAUGAAGAACAUAGCCGAGGGGGAAAUGCUUUACAGCUUUUUGGCGAGAUAGGAAUUUCUGAACGAGU